UGUUCACGCACACAAGGCGUGAUUCAUAGCUGGCGCACCAGGGCCCGACAGAGGGCGUCGCGUCACCGAGGCGGGGGGGACGGCUGCCAGCAGCAGCGGCCCGCACCGCACCGCCGCACUCCAUCACCGGACACAGCCGACGACGCGCGCGCAUACCUAUCUUAGUUUUCCAACAUUUGUACUGUCCAGUGAACCAAUAUAUUAUGUAUUAAGUGUUACAGUCCACUUUUCAUUUAAGUACCUUUAGUUAGGUCCCCUACAUUUUGGUCACUUCGGCCUUCUACAAUUUAAAUCCGCGUAACGUGUUUCUACGAACAAAGAAAUCGUUCGCGCGGUGACAGUACGAGGCGACGUUGGUGGACUUUGAUACGAGCGACGAGUCUUCAAAAGCGCCGUGUCACUACAAGCGGCAUUCGAGAGAAGAGAAGUUUGGAGUUGGAGUCGUCUAAAUACGUAGAACGAGGAGAGGACGUCUACAAGUUCCCGAAGUCUUCACGUCGACGGUGGUCAAGUCUCGACUUAGUUGGUCGAACACGCCGGGUCAUCUACGUGCUUCGUGGGAAUCAACACAGUUCGCCUUGUGGAUAAAGAUAAGCAUAUUUGUGUAUCGUUCCAAAUUCCUUUCUUUAUAAUUUCCGUUACAAAUUCAAAUUUCAAAAAUUUCCGUUGCAACCGUUUUCAGUUCAGUUUCAAAUUUGAGCAAACAAGUGAUUAUUUAAAUCAUUUUUAAGUCUAUUGGCAUUAACGCGCAUUCAUUCAGUGCUGUAUGGAAUAGAUUUCUUAUCGGUUUACCGUUUAAGUUCUUUGCUAAUGAGCUAACGGUCACGAGUCACGAGCCUAUUCGUAUUGAAACAUCUGGUUGCUGCGUUAGUCAUCACUUGUGCAUUUGCUUACCGCAUUAUCUGUUAUUCUAUCGCAUCAUUUGCAUAACAUCUUUUGUAUUUUUUAUUUUCAAACCACCUUCUUAUAAUGGCUAAUGAAGAUUUGUUAAUAAGAAAACGCAGUGCUAUUAAAGCUAAGCUUACGAAUUUUUGCAAUCAUGUUAAUGUGCUUAUGAGUUGCGAUUCAUUAUCCAGUUUGCAGCGUAUUGAGCUAGAGGGUCGCCUUCGUAAAUUUGAUGCUUUAUACGAUGAAUUUGAUAAUUUGCAGUUGGAGAUCGAGGUGCUCUCGGAUAAGCCAGACGAGGCGUACGGGGAACGUGCCAAGUUUGAGGAGCGGUACCACGCGGUGGCAGCUCAGGCGCGCAGCCUGCUUAUCAGCGCUGAUGCCGGCGUUGACGGCGGGUCUGUAGCGGGCUCAGCGGAUAAAAGCACAGGUGCAUCGUUCCGUCAUAAUUUUGUACGCUUACCUAAAAUCAAUUUGCCUACUUUCGAUGGUAGUUAUCAAUGUUGGCUCGAGUAUAGAGAUACAUAUCUGUCACUUAUUCACAGUAGUAGUGCUAUCGAUGAUAUUAGCAAAUUUCAUUAUUUGCGCGCUUCGCUUACGGGAGAUGCUCAGCAAGUGAUAAAAAAUAUAGAUUUUAAGAGCGAGCAUUAUCAAUUAGCGUGGAAUCUAUUAUGUGAGCGAUAUGAUAAUAGCAGGCUUCUAGUUAAAAACCAUGUGCAGACUUUGUUUAAUACUCCGGCAAUUCUUAAAGAGUCUUGUGUAGCCUUACGUCAAUUUGUUGAUAAUAUCAAUAAGCAAAUUAGAGCUUUAAAAUCGCUGAACGAGCCCACUGACCAGUGGAGUACACUGGUGGUAAUAAUGAUGAGUAGCAGACUGGAUAAGGUCACUAACAGAGACUGGGAAGAGUAUAGCAAUACCUUACCCAAAUUUCCAACAUUGUCAGAAUUUUGUUCGUUUGUUAGUAAAAGGGCUGAUUUAUUAGAGACAGUAGAACAUAACAAAUCAAUAAAUAAGGAAGAUAGUAGUACAAACAGUUACACAGUAAAUACUAAUAAUUCUAAAAAAAACUAUAAUAUAACAAAACCUAAACCUAAUACUAAUAAGGAAUUUAAUAAUUGUCCGUUGUGCAAAAAUAAUCAUUUCAUGUUUGUGUGUGAUGAUUUUCGUAAGUUGUCAGUAGAAAACCGUUUAGCAAAGGUGAAGGAGCUUAAUGUGUGCUUUAAUUGUUUACGUCCAGGGCAUUCAAGUAAACGUUGUAAAUUGUCACACUGUAAAUAUUGUAAUCGUAAGCAUAACACGCUUUUACACGUAGAGCAGUCUAAUUCAGCUGUACAAGACCCAAUGCCUAGUAGUGUAGCUCUGCCUAGUUUACUGACUGAUGACGUUUCUGGUGGUGCACAGUUACAAAACGGCACAUCUGAAAGCGUUGUUAUGUCAAGCGACACUGCAGCUACUACUCGUUCUGUUUUGCUUUCCACAGCUCUGGUGACAGUGGUCAGCACCCGAGGUGAGAAGUUCGACGCCAGGAUCCUGCUGGAUAACGGUGAGUCGUACGAGAUGGCUAAGCGGCGAUUUCUAUCAUUGGAGCGUCGUUUUCUUCGUGAUCCAAGUUUCAAGGAGCGUUAUGUUGCCUUCAUGGAGGAGUAUGAGCGUCUUGGACACAUGACAGAAAAUACAACGUCUAGGAAGCCACAUUCAGAUGCCUCUGAGAGAGCCUUUGGUUGUUGCGUAUAUCUUCGGUCGGUGAAUAUGGAAGGUGCAGUCAAGGUACAACUUCUUGCAUCGAAGAAUCGUGUAGCACCAAUAAAGCCCACUACCAUUCCACGUCUCGAGCUUUGUGGGGCGUUGCUAGGCGCUAGACUGUGUGCUAAGGUACAAAGUUCCAUUACUUUACCUAUUACUAGAUGCCAAUUUUGGUGCGAUUCAACAAUAGUGUUGAGUUGGCUAGCUAUGUCACCGAACGUAUUGAAACCUUUCGUACGCAAUCGCGUUAACGAGAUACAGGAGAGUACUGCAGGUCAUACGUGGAGUUACGUGCCGUCUAGAUUCAAUCCGGCAGAUCUUGUUUCUCGUGGGCUGAAGGCUGACCUUAUCAGCGAGUGUUCUUUAUGGUGGUCAGGCCCAGAGUUCUUGUUAAAUGAUGAAACACACUGGCCAGCUAUGCCCAACAAAACUAUGAAACAGGAUCUACCAGAAGUAAUUACAUCUAACUUCACAGAUCACUCGUUUCUCACAGACACACAAAAACACGCACAGCACACAAAUACAUCAUUAAUUCAUACAUUAUUGCAUAAAUAUUCUAACAUAAAUCGUCUACAAAGAGUGGUGGCCUACAUAUUAAGAUUUUAUAAUAAUGUAAAGAACAGAAUCAAGGAUCAAAAUCCAUUAUCAAUUAAAGAACUUCAAGAUUCUUUAAAUUUCAUUUUACGACAAGCUCAAAUGGAGAUGUUUUCCAAAGAAUAUGACAUUCUUAAAGCUGGUAAGACUUUGCCUCGCAAAAAUAGAUUGAUUUGUUUGAGUCCUUUUUUUGACGAAGAUGGUCUCAUUCGUGUAGGCGGGAGACUUGAUAAUUCGCCUUAUGACUAUAAUAUCAAGCAUCCAAUUUUAUUAUGUUGCAAGCAUCAUAUCACUAAAUUAAUUUUCCACAAAUAUCAUCAUGAUUUAUUACACGCUGGCCCUCAAUUGUUGAUCGCAAGUAUACGGCAAGUGUAUUGGCCACUUGGAGGCAGAAAUCUAUCUAAAUCAGUUGUAAAACACUGCAUUAAAUGUUUUAAGUUCAAGUGUCAAAAUAUUCAACCUGUCAUGGGACAAUUGCCUGUUAAUAGGACUCAAUUGGAAUUCCCAUUUUUAAAUUCCAGUGUCGAUUAUGCCGGGCCAAUAUUGAUAGCAGAUCGAAAGGGGCGAGGGUGUAAACUUGUAAAGGCGUACCUAUGCAUCUUUGUUUGUCUUGCAGUGAAAGCUGUCCAUAUCGAGCUCGUUACAGACCUUACUAAGGAGGGCUAUAUGGCUGCUUUAAGCCGUUUUGUUGCUCGUCGUGGCAAACCCAAGAGCAUCUUGUCUGACAAUGGCACCAAUUUUGUAGGCACUUGUAAUGAGUUGCAACAAUUCUUACAACAAUCAAAUAUAUCGUAUGAAGUUGCACAAAGGGGUAUUGAAUUUACUUUUGCCCCUCCAUAUUCUCCACAUUUCAACGGCAUUGCUGAAGCUGCCGUUCGAUCAACUAAACACCACCUGAAAAGACUAUUACAGUUAACACACUUCACAUACGAAGAAAUGGUCACUUGUUUAACUCAAAUAGAAGCUGUUCUUAAUUCACGUCCUCUCACACCACUUUCCUCUGAUCCGUUAGAUUUUACUGUCCUUACUCCUUCACACUUUUUGAUUGGACGAUCACUAAUAGCUGUUCCGCAUCCACAGGUGUCUGAUGUAAACAUCGGCCGCUUGGAGCGCUACCACAGAGUGGAGCAUAUUAAGCAGCAUUUCUGGAACCGAUUCCAUUUAGAAUAUAUCUCUCUGCUGCAGCAAAAAACUAAGUGGACGUCAUCUACAGGACAACUGGCAGAAGGAACGUUAGUUCUCAUCAAGGAGAGAGGACAACCGCCAAUGCUGUGGCCACUGGGACGUGUCACGAAGGUGUUCCCGGGGAGCGACGGGAUAACGCGUGUGGCUGAGUUGAAGACGCGUAAGGGAACAAUUCUACGUUCCUUUAAUAAUAUUUGUCCACUUCCACUAGAUUGAAUGCUUCAACCCGGGGAGGAUGUUCACGCACACAAAGCGUGAUUCAUAGCUGGCGCACCAGGGCCCGACAGAGGGCGUCGCGUCACCGAGGCGGGGGGGACGGCUGCCAGCAGCAGCGGCCCGCACCGCACCGCCGCACUCCAUCACCGGACACAGCCGACGACGCGCGCGCAUACCUAUCUUAGUUUUCCAACAUUUGUACUGUCCAGUGAACCAAUAUAUUAUGUAUUAAGUGUUA